GGCAAUUUGUUUAAAAAGAAAAAAGAAUACCCUACGAAAGCAAACAUAAUUUAUUUAAAAUAAUUCAAAUAUAAUAGAAAUAUUCUAAAGUUCAACUAUUUAAAAUACACAACAAGCUAAAUGAAAUUGGAAUAGAUGAUCAAUUAUAAAGUUAGUUACGAAGACUAAUUUAAAAGAUUUUCUUUAAACGCCUCAAAUACUAAUUUUAAGGAAUUUUGUGAUAAGUGCAUAAGAAUUUUCAAUAUAUAAGCAGACUAGACUAUUUUAGUUAAUUUUUAUGAAAAUGACAAGCAACUCAUCAUAAGAAAUGAAGUCGAUUUUGCUCUUGCAGUGAAUGCUAAUAUUCAUAAUAACAAAUAAAAAUCUAUCUCAUUUAAAAUUUCUACUGUGCCCGCUGAAACCCAACUCAGUCAAAGUUAAGUUUUUGAUUAUAAAAUAUAAGAAUCUGUUAGUAAAUAAGGGGACUCUAAUAAUAUUGAAUUUACCAAAGAAGAAUUAUAAACCAUUCUAGAAAAGGGACUCAAUGAUCCUGAUAGUGAUAAGAUUUUGAAUUAGAUAGCUGACUCUAUUUCUCAAUCACAAGAAGAAAUCUAAAUAAAAUAUUCUUCUCUAAUGUACAUAGCAGCUCUUUUAAAAUAAAAGAUCCUUAGAAUCCGCUAAUCCAAAUAUUAAUAUUAAUAACAACAACAAAAUUAAGAAAUAAAUUAAAAUGAAUUAUAAAAUUCUACUCAUUAGAGUACAUAAAAUGAUAAUAUUUAUGAAAGUGUGUGUAAUUAAGAUGGAUCGUUUUUAAACAAUACACAACUCAAAAUUAAAAAACUGGAAGGAGCUGAUAUAUUUGAAGAAUUUAAUGCAUCAAUAACUUCUUCAUAAUAGAAUUUAAAGUAAAGCUUUGAAAAUAUUUUUAAUUAAUUUAAUCAAAGCAUAUAACUAUUAACUUAAUCUAUGAAACAUUAAGUUAGAAUAAAUAAUGAUGAUAAGAUUUAAAAAAAAUAAUAUUCUAAUAACUUCGAAUAAGGGGAAAAUUAAAAAAAUUAAAAAAUAAAUGCCCUUUCUUAAUUUGCAUUCCUUUCAGAAUAUGUUGAUAACAUCGAUGAAAAGCUUGAGGCAUAAGAAAAGCAAUUGAUAGAAGAAUAAGAUUGCGAAAACAUUUUAAUCACUAACCUGAAAGAUAAAAUUUAAGAACAUGCUGAAACAUUAAAAAGAGUAUCAACAAUUCAAAAUAAAGAAUCCCAUCAAUAAAAAACAAAUUUAUUUGAUAACAUCAUAAAGCAAGUAGAUGAUGGGCUUGAUAAUGAACUACGCGGCCCAUUUGCAACAGAAAAUUAGAAAACUUAAUAAAAUAAUGAUAGUAAUUACUAAAAGAUCUACAACUCAAAUUGA